AUGUUAGACAGCAGCAUUGCCACUGAUGCAAAGAUUGUCAGGGAAAAUGACGAGGAGUCCGAUUUUAGAUUGUCGUCAAUAACCAAAGCUGUCGCUGCCUGUCCUUUGAUCAUUCUGGAUCCACACAAUUUUACAAUGACGGCUCGCAAUAGCACGUCAAUCAGUUUUGAAUGGACUCCUGCCAAACACAAUUUAUCUAUUACUCCCACAUAUCGUGUAGACUGGACGGGAGAGGACGAUACUGGAUCUACUGUUUCAGAAUACAACGCCACAACUUGUUCGAAUCUUAUGCCUGGAAAAAUGUACAAAUUCACGCUAUUUGUUCGUGUUUCUGAUGAUAACAAACCCAGUCCUGCAUCCGUUAGUACAGCCCAAAAUAGUUUAACACUACCAAACAUCACCAUUUACUUUAAACUUGCUGAAGGAAUAGUCGACUACUACGAGGCAACGUUAACAGGAGGAAGCGUGGAUAGUUCCACCGAGAGAGUGUCGAACAACACAGACCAUGUUAUAUUCCAAGUUCUAUAUGGAGAUACGAACUACACUCUGACGUUAGUUACACGUACCGGCAACCUGACAAGUGAAUCUUUCAUUCAAAAUGUGAUAACGGACAUAACAAACCCUGAACAAGUAGAGAACCCAAACGUUUCAAGUAAAACAAGUUUAGGAUUCCUCAUCUCUUGGUCACCCCCAAAACAUCCGAAUGGCGACAUUAUUGGAUACAUGAUAAAAGCUUUCAUUGGACAAGCUUGCUACGCAAAUAUCACCAUUAAGUGUGUCGACGACGUAAAAUCAGAUGGAAAUGAGACGGAAGCAACUUCACCAAAUCGAAUAAAAUGCCAAGACAAGGUAGAUUAUUCCAUAUCAGGUUUAAUCCCAGCACAAACCUUCACAGUUACAGUAGCAGCAGUAAACGCGGCUGGUGUUGGAAAGCUUUCGACUCUAAAUGCCAGCACCACGGAUGGGAAAAACAUCAUGGAUGUGGAUAACGUUACGUGGACGAAACGGACAGAGACGGAGAUUAGCUUUAUGUGGGUGACUCCACAUCUCAGGGAACCAUUUACAAACGUAAACUACAGCUUUACCUGGACCCCACAUGAUGGAAAAUCUAAUUCUACAUCAGAAGAUCAUACAACUAUUUUGGAUCUUACUCCUGGACAACUUUACAUCUUUACACUCGAUAUCAAUCUCUAUGAUGGUGAACGGUGGCUCACUUAUACGCACGAACCGUCUGUAACAGUAAGAACCAGUCCAAGUCAGCCGGAUAUUACUCAUAUUGACCAAGAUGAAUCAAACAUCAAUAUUCUGUGGAAUCCAGCUGAAGGGAUAGUUGGCUAUUACAAUGUGACAUUAACACUACGCAAUGACUCAGCUGUAAACGAGAUUGUGUCCAACUCCACAAAUAAAGUGACAUUCACCAGUCUGUAUGGCGAUACACAAUAUAUUUUGAAAAUAAUUACCAACACUGGAAACCUAGCCAGCAAACCGUUGAUACAAAAUAUCAAAACUAAUGUAACAAACCCUGAACAAGUAGAGAAUCCAAAGGUUUCAAGUGAAACAAGUUCAGGAUUCCUCAUCUCUUGGUCACCUCCACAACAUCCGAAUGGCGAGAUUAUUGGAUACACGAUAAAAGCUUUCAUUGGACAAGCUUGCUACGCAAAUAUCACCAUUAACUGUACCAACGACGUUGAACCUGGUGGAAAUGAGACGGAAGUAACUCCACCAAAUCGUAUAAAAUGCCAAGACAAGAUGAAUUAUACCAUAUCAGGUUUAAUCCCAGCACAAAACUUCACAGUUACAAUAGCGGCAGUAAACGCGGCUGGUGUUGGGAAGCUUUCGACUCUAAAUGGCAGCACCACGGAUGGAAACAACACUAUGGAUGUACAUAACUUUACAUGGACGAAUCGAACAGAGACGGAGAUUAGAUUUGAGUGGGAGACUCCAGAUAUCGGAUCACCAUUUACAAACGUAACCUACAACUUUACCUGGACCCCACGUGAAGAAAAAUCGUAUUCGACAUCAGAAAAUCAUACAACUAUCUCAGAUCUUACCCCUGGACAACUUUACAGCUUUACACUUCAUAUCAAUCUCUAUGAUGGUGAACGGUGGCUCACUUACACACACGGGUCAUCUGUAACAGUAAGAACCAGUCCAAGUCAGCCGAAUAUAACAGACAUUGACCAAGUUGAAUCAAACAUCACCAUUCUGUGGAAUCCAGCUGAAGGGAUAGUUGACUAUUACAACCUGACAUUAAAGCUUCACAAUGAUUCAGCUGUAAACGAGAUUGUGUACAACUCCACAAAUAAAGUGACAUUCACCGAUCUGUAUGGGGAUACACAGUAUCUUUUGAAAAUAAUUACCUACACUGGCAACCUAAUCAGCAAACCACUGAUACAAAAUAUUAAAACUAAUGUAACAAACCCUGAAGAAGUAGAGGACCCAAACGUUUCAAGUGAAACAAGUUCAGGAUUCCUCAUCUCUUGGUCACCUCCACAACAUACGAAUGGCGAGAUUAUUGCAUACAUGAUAAAAGCUUUCAUUGGACAAGCUUACUAUGCAAAUGUCACCGUUAACUGUACGAAUGACGGUAAACCCAGUGAAAAUCAGAUGGAAGCAACUUCACCAAAUCGUAUAAAAAGCCAAGACAGAAUGAAUUAUUCCAUAUCAGGUUUAAUCCCAGCACAAAACUUCACAAUUACAAUAGCGGCAGUAAACGCGGCUGGUGUUGGAAGGCUUUCGACUCUAAAUGCCAGCACCACGGGUGGGAAGAACAUCAUGGAUGUGGAUAAGUUUACAUGGACGAAUAGAACAGAGACGGACAUUAGCUUUGAGUGGGUGACUCCACAUUUCAGAGAACCAUUUACAAACGUAACCUACAACUUUACCUGGACCCCACGUGAAGGAAAAUCGCAUUCGACAUCAGAAAAUCAUACAAUUAUCUCAGAUCUUACUCCUGGACAACUUUACAGCUUUACACUCUACAUCAAUCUCUUUGAUGGUGAACGGUGGCUAAUUUACACACACGAAUCGUCUGUAACAGUAAGAACAAGCCCAAGUCAGCCGCAUAUAAAACGCAUUGACCAAGUUGAAUCAAACAUCACCAUUCAGUUGAAUCCAGCUGACGGGAUAGUGGAUUAUUACAACGUCACAUUACAACUUCCCAAUAACUCAGCUGGAAACGAGAUUGUGUUCAACUCCACAAAUGAAGUGACAUUCACAGAUCUGUAUGGCGAUACAACAUAUCUUUUGAAAAUAAUAACCUACACCGGAAACCUGACCAGCAGGCCAUUGAUAAACGAUAUUAAAACUAAUGUAACAAGACCUGGACUACUUGAAAACAUAACCGUUACUCCUUUGACUGCCUCAAGUGUAGAGGUCUCAUGGACAUCUCCCAGGCUUUAUCCUGGUCCUACUGACUACACGAUAGAGUUGUUUGAAGAAAAGUCCAUCAACAGUUCAACAUACAGAUUUAACACUACAAUACUUAUACACGGAUAUCUCAACUCAACAUAUAUAAUACAGGAUCUACUUAGCUACUGGCAUUACAAUUUCAGUGUAAUGGCCAAUACAUCAACAGGAUCGUCAAAUUCCUUAAGUGAUAUCACUAGAACAAAGGAAUCAGCACCGGGUUUAGUACAGACUCUUCUUGUCCGGGCGAUACCUGGCAAUUAUACAGAAGUAAAUGUUACAUGGGCGUGUCCAGCAGAAAAAGAGCGCAAUGGCCGCAUAACGAAAUACUCCUUGCGGUACACACCAGAUCAGCAGAAUAAAAAUAUCUUGCAAUCAGGAAAUGAAAUAGAUUAUAACCUGAUGCAACCAUCUGAUCCAUGUACAAGUUUACACACCUUGCUAUUGCCUGUUACACCUGAAGUUAACUACACAUUUUCCGUUACAGCUUUUACAGUUGACAAAGGGCGAAGUUCUGGUUAUUCUUUUUACACGCAGCCUGGAAAACCACCAAAGCUGGAUAAGUAUGCAAUAAUUUUGAUACCUAAGGAGUCAGAGCAGCCACAACAAAAAGAAACCAGAUUUAACGUGCACUUUUGUGGCAAGUGCCUUCUCGACAAAACAAAUGGAAUGAUCACCUUUGUGGCAAUGAUAGUUUGCAAGACUGGUGCGUCAUGCCAGCAAGUCUCAGAGAUACAUAAACCUAAAGAGGUUUCAAGCUGGUAUUCCUGGAAUAAAAACAACUUUAAAGGAAUAUACCGACCAACUCCAGAUACGUGGUUAAUAGAUACACCAGAAGAUGCUAUUAAUAAUGUCAAUUUCGAGGUAGGACGUGGUAAAGAUUGUUCGAUGAAGCCAACCGAAUACUGUAAUGGCCCUUUGGACACAGGGUCACAGUACAGUUUAAAAUUUAUGGUCUGUACAAGAGCCGGUUGCACACAGUCAGAGUUUCAAGAUGGAUAUGUAACAAAAGUAAUAAAACCUAGUGUAGUCGGCCCUGUUGUUGGUGCAAUUAGUGGAAUUGUGGUUGCUGCAUUGGUCGUUGCAGGAGUUUGGUACUAUAAGAGGCGAUACAGGAAUCGGAAGAACACAGAGGAUGAUGAACAGCCUGAGAAUGAGGAAUUGGUUGACCUCACUCGACCGAUUAAGAUGACAGACUUCAGCAGCAGACUGAAGGAACUGCAUAACGAUUCUAACCUGUUGUUUAUAACUGAGUACAAAGAACUCCAAGCAAACAGUCCGAAAAAGCCACAUGAGAUAUCCAGUUUGGAACCUAACCGGGUGAAGAACAGAUAUGUCAACAUUUUAGCAUUUGACCAUAGCCUUGUGAAACUACUGCCGAUAGAUGAAGAUGACAAUACCGAUUAUAUCAACGCCAAUUUUAUUCCCGGUUACAACUCGCCCAGGGAGUACAUUGCUACACAGGGCCCACAAGAUUCGACCAUCAACGAUUUCUGGCGGAUGAUUUGGGAAAAAAAUGUACCAAUUAUUGUCAUGCUGACUGGAGUCAAAGAAGGAAUGAAGCAAAAAUGUGCUCAAUAUUGGCCUGAACACCUGAAUGUUCCAAGUCAGUAUGGAGACAUCGUGAUUACCUUGGAGGACAGGACAAAACUGGGCACGUACACUCUGAAGACCUUCAAACUCUGUCUGGGUAAAAGUGAACGAACCGUGAAACAUUUCUUCAUGCAUGACUGGAGAGACUAUGACGCCAACCUCACUCCCACUGAUGUUGUAAAUUUCAUCUGUGACGUCAGACGAGCGCGCCCAUCGGGUGAUUCUGUUCCAAUGGUUGUGCACUGCAGUGCUGGUGUUGGAAGGACUGGGACGUUCAUUGCGCUGGACUACUUCAUACAGUUUAUAGAGCAGCACAGUUUGGAGGACAAUGUCGACAUCUUCCAGUUUGUACUCAAGAUGAGGGGGAACCGACCUCUUAUGGUGCAGUCGGAGGCACAGUACGUAUUUUUACACGAGACGGUGGACAUGUUGAUCAAACAGAAGAUAAUCGACGAAGAGAGCCAUGACAAUGACGUGGAUAAUGAGGGAAUAUAUCAGAACGAGGCUUUUGUUGCAGAAGACAUUUACGUGAACGUCGAAAAUGGAAAAAUGCCUGUUUAAUACAGCCACGAGAUAAGUGGAAAUCUGCAGGAACUGAAUGAACGACGAACGUUGACUUUGUGAAUAUAUAUUAGCAUACCUUUAUAUACAAAUACCGUCAUAAUGGAAUCAUAAUAUAAUGACGCAGCCAGCUUACACUUGAGUGAUAUUGAAGCAGUGUCGUCUUAAUGUAAUGAUACAGGUAUACUAACCGUCAGACGGAUACACUUCCUUGUUUUACAGCAAUAUAUUGCUGAUUAAAAGCUAUUCUGCAUGGAUUAUUCAUUGUGUGUGUUGUAUUUUAAGACAACAAUUCUGAAUCAGGUUCAUAAGGACUUACAGGCAGCCUCAUUACUGAAAUCUAGGGGCACGUGGCGCUUACAGUCCCCAUCCUGCUCAAAGCGAAUGGUUUUCUUUUAAAACAUAUUUUCUAAAAACUUCGCUUACCACAGUCUGUUCCGCCUACUACACAAAGUCCUAAACACACAGCAUCAACAAUGAAACUGAGGGCAACCUAACGCUGAACACAUUAAAACCAAAGGGGUUCGUCACGCCUUACGUUGGAAGGAAUAACUGUUUUAAGACGUGUGUGAAUAGUAUUAUUGUAGUGUAUAUGUGUACACUGUACACAGACCAAAAUAAUUCACUUGACUAUAUUUGUAUUGUUUUAUAUUUUUAUAUGCUAAUACUGAUGAUUUUCAUAUUUUAUGUUUAUUAACUCUCAAUAUCAUAAGAUAUAUCAUUGUAGUGUGGUCGUUGUUGUUUUAAGUGGAUAUAUCUGCAUGCUGGAAAUGAAUAUUUGUCAUGGCACUUCCCAUGUUAACAGAUUCCAUUACUGGAACCUCGUAUCGUAAGAAAGUUUAAUUUGUAACCACCACCCCUCCGUGGUGUGUGACUGUGAUAAAGUUUAUGUUCAGUUUUUAUUGUUAACGUUUAUAACUGUAUAAUUCGUAAUAUAAAGUUGGUCACAAAAAGCAACGUUUUUGUUUAAAAGUAAGUUUAUUUGUCUCGUAUAUUCAUUAGGACACGUGUGUGUGUGUGUGUGUGUGUGUGUGUGUGUGCGCGCGCGUGUGAAAUAUUAUAACGUCAUAGCUUUCCUAAUAUUGGUAUUUUAAUAUGUGGUAGCACCCCAUUAAGUUUUGUAAUAUAGUGCUAUAUGGACAGUUCGGACCUGGCGUGAUAGCAUAACAGUAUGGGGUGACACUUUAUUGGGUAGGGAACGAUAUCUGCACAAGCACUGUGUAGCUUAAACUAACGUAAAGGUCAGAUAAACUAAUCACAUACAUGGUAAUUAGCACUGUCCACAAGUGUAAUUAAGAAACGUCAAGAAUAGGUCUUUGUUCUGAACAUUAUAACCAUCACCCGCUCCCACCCCCGUCUGAUACGGCUAUAUGUGACUUUAAGUUUUAUGUUCAGUUUUUAUUGUUAACGUUUAUAACAGUUACUGUGUUGUCUUAAAAUGCUUUAGAAACUUGUACAUUAAUGUCAUAUUUUAUUUCUCUUUCCAGCCAGUUCACCACGACUGGUAUAUCAUAGACCGUGGUAUAUGCUAUCCUGUCUGUGGGGUGGUGCAUAUAAACGAUCCCUUGCUGCUAAUGGAAAA